AUGCUGGGAAAUAGUUACGGUGCCUCUCUAUCGUCGACAUCCAGUGUUUCUAAUAGCCCAUCAUCUGCGGAUCUCCAGUCCUACCUCAAUCUCUUCUUCUCCGCAUAUCUGCCAAACAUGCCCAUCAUUCAUCCAGCUACCUUCACGUUUGAGGGGAAAUCGCCGCUGCUGCUUGCAGCCAUGCAAGCGUGCAGCGCAUUGUAUGUCAAGACACGUGCUGCCGACCAAUUCAUCAAUUCGGUCCUUACGAAAGCGAGAGACGAACUCAUCGUUGAGUUUGGAAAGGAGUCUGUCGAUUGGGAGCGUCAAAUUGAAUUGAUCCUUGCCAUGGAUCUCUUACAAACUCUGGGUUUAUUCCACAAAACCUCGAAGCAACGUACGCUUUCAGCUGUUUAUCAUGGAGUCUUAACAAUGAUGAUACGUUUAAGUGAUUUCGGCGAACAGAUCUCGAAGUGGACAGCGCCGGAAAACAUAGAGCCAUCUUCACUCGAUCAGCUUUGGCGCGAUUGGGCAAUUCGAGAGACUGCUAAGAGGGCUCUCACGCUCUCGUACUUGCACGAUGGCUGUCAUUGCUUGUAUUACGAUCUCCGUCCCACCUACGUGACAUCCGAAUUCGACAUCGACCUCCCUUGCGAGAACACUCUAUGGGCAGCUACAACAGCAGAGGAGUGGCUUUCGGUCCUCCAAAAACCAUCACCAAUGCGGGCGAUUCGCUCCUGCACCCGUACUGCCCCCUUUGCACAUUUCGUCGUCAUCCACGCAAUUCUGCGCCAGUUCUUCGAGGAAGACAUCGAGUCUCGGUUGUCAGAGACGGCGACAGAUGGCGACGCUUUACUUGAGCAUGCCAGCCGCAUCAGCGAAGGACGAUUAUGGCCGUUGCAAGCUACCCUGCACAACUGGCUCCAAAGCUGGUUGGGCUCACCAGAUUCGCCGCCGUAUUCGAACGGGGUCCCACGCUUCCUCGAACAGGCCUUGACGUACUACUGGAUUGCACAGAUUGCCAUCAUGGCGUACCGAGAGCGCCUGCCGCCGUUCUGCGGGAGGACAUACCUUAUGUCAGGGGAGGCCAAGUUCUGCCUGAUCAAGAAGUGGGAGAUGCACAUCCGCGAGUUCCUGCACAGCGGGGCUAAGGAGCCCACCUUAUUCUUGGAGGAGUUCGUUAAAGUGCGCCGUUUUGCAGGAGCCUGA